UACGAGAUGGUGCUUGCUUUUGAACCCCCAUUAAAAAGGGGCUCAGCCGCUGAAGAUUCAUCCAUGCCUCUGCGACAGUGACACAACUCAUCGGUUGACAAUGUCCGGCGCGAACUUUGCCUGCAUAGAAUGACUGCCCAUGACCGCAUCCAGUGGCUGGAUGGCCUCCGCGGCAUCGCCGCGGCGAUUGUGGCCAUUGACCACUACUUUAUGAGUGAUAUCUGGCACCCUUUCGUCUCCUUCUGGGCUGAACCCCCCGAGGCCAAUCGGCACUUGGUGCAGCUUCCUCCCAUCCGCAUUCUUUUCUCCGCCCAUUCGAUGGUGACUCUGUUCAUGGUGAUCUCCGGUUUUGCCAUCUCCGUCAGUCUGCUCAAAGCCCGCCACAGCCCGCAGUUUCUGCCGCGAGUGACCUCCGCCAUCGUGCGGCGCCUCUUUCGCAUUUAUCUGCCAGUGGUUGUCCUGGCCACCCUGAGCCAGGUCUUAUUCUUCUUCGAUUUGUACCACUGGACUUUCGACGAGGGGUUCCUCGAUGGACUUCAACCCUGGACCAACCCGUGGGCCCACAUCAAGUGGUUGUGUGGCUACAUGGCCGAUAGCAUCAAUGUCAUCGCCUUUGAGUAUCGCGGCGGUCUGAACGGCCAGCUAUGGACUAUGCCUCUAGAAUUCCGCGGAUCCAACGUGGUGUAUCUACUGACUGUCGGAUUGUCGGCAUGGCGUCCCAAGCUCCGACUCUGGGCUCUGCCCCUCCUGGCGGGGUUCUUCCUAUGGGCUGGCAACUGGGACAUUUUCGGAUUCAUCUGGGGCCUGUGGCUGGCGGAGCGGGCGAUCAACACUACCUCUGUGGCGAGCGCGAUGGCAGAUGACGACCUCGACGACGAGGAGAAACUGUCCCGGCCGUCCUGUUCUACCGCGCAAUGCAGGCUCCGGUCCUCGCUACGAAAGCUCUUCACUCUUUCCCGGAUGAUCACCUCCCUCGCCUUCGUGGUCGGAUACUAUCUCCUCUGCCUCGGCAGCGACGGCCAGCUGCCCCCGGGCUACCAGUUCCUCGCUACCCUCCAGCCUGCCAAGUGGAAGGACCGGUGGGAGAUCUACCAUUGGUGCUGGAAGUCCGUGGGCGCCGCGUGUUUGGUCUAUGCGAUCGCCCAGUCCCCGUGGCUGCAAAGGCCCCUCAACACCCAGCCCGUGCAGUAUCUUGGCAAGAUCUCGUUCUCGCUGUACCUGCUCCACGAGACCAUUUACCAGCUGUGGCGCAAUCCCCUGCGAGAUUUUGUGUAUCUGCUGGCGAGCGGAAACCCGUACCUGACUAGUGCGGAGGCCCUGCGGGAUGAUCUGUUCGCGUUCCAUGUGGCCUGGUGGGGGUCUGGGAUUUUGUUGGGUACGGUGGUAGUUUUUGCGUCGCAUUACUACACUCUGUAUGUGGACAAUAAGUGUGUGGCGCUGGCGAAGAGGUUGGAGCAAUUGUUUACUUCAUGAUUCUGUACAGUACCUCGAGUCCCCACGUACCUGUCGCACCUUCCCACCAAACUCCUAUGUCAAGGAUAUACUAUUUCCAGCAGUAUCACUACAUUAGCAAGACCGCUUGUUCUCUGGUGACGGUAUGUUUGGAAUUCACUCAAGGGGCUACUCUUUGAUUUACUAGAUUUUGUCUGGAAGACAAAGGAAAGCAUCUCAACUCCGGCAUAUUGACUCUAGUAAGUUCAAUACUGCAGAAAACAUGAAAAGCCUAAGCCAUGAGAUAUCUGAAAGAGCAUUUGACGGGGCCUCGUACUUAGUUAGAAGCUUUGGAGAAGUGCUGCUGCCUUAUUUACUGCGAAAGGUGCCGUCAAGAGUCGGGG